AUGGGCCCUGCAACCAUCUGGGACAGCAUCCAGCACCGACUGAGUGAGCACCGGGCAGAGGUUUGGGGGACCAGGGCGAUCCCCACUUACUUUCUCCCCUCACUGCUCGAUGUGCCGGUGGCUGCUUGCCAGAGCCUGCCCGCCUGUCUGCUGGCUCCCCACCGCCUUCCACAGCCUGGCCCCUGCGAAGCGCUGGAGGAAACGAAGCCGGAGCCUAAUGAAUCCCAGCCGGGGCUGUUUGAAGCUGUCCGAGUGACAAACGAUCCUUUUUGCAACCCUCUCUGCCCUGAUUCAGGGUUAAAACUCGGAUGGAUUUUCAGAUCAAGGGCUCGGCUUCUCCGGGAUGAUGACUCAGCCGGUGGCGGCGGCAUCCACGGCUCUGGCCCCUCUCCCGCCCGGCAGAGCUUCAGCAACAAUGGUGCUGGCCUCGAGCAGCGGCAGCCCUUGGCUGAGCGCGGACCUUGGCUUCCAGCGAUCAACAGGAAACGGGAGAUGGAUUUCUCGGCAAACUGGGCUUUCCAUAAACAGUCUGAGGGGCCGACCCGCGACGGCGGGAGCAGAGCAGAGUCGGGGCUGGGCUUUACAGCUGUUUAUCGCAUUCUUAUGCUCUCCUUUCCCCGCCGGCGCCGCAGCUCAGGGUUCCUCUUCUCCCGCAGCCCAAGAGCCCUGUCCCAAGGGGAAGGCGGCUUCUCCACCGGCUCCUCCGCCGGCAGCUCUGCCGUCGCGGUGCCAGGCUCGGGCGGGCCCCCCGUGAGGCAGCAGAUGCGUGACUCGGUGUUUCGGCGGCGUGGGCGGCCCCCCGUCCUCGGGGAACGCCGCUGCUUGGGGCUCGCCGAGGAGGGGUUUGCCUGGAGACGCCGGGAUCGUGGGCGCCCGUCCUCGGGAUAUGCCCAUCUGCAGAAAGCAGUCCAGCAGGAGGAACGUAUGGGGCCACUGGGAGGGAAGGAAAAUGAGAGCUGCCAGCAGCAGCCCGAGGGGCUCAAUGGGAACACAACAGGACCCUCACUGCAUGAUGGCAGCCUGGCCUUGGUGACUGAUCCUGCAGCCCCCCAGAAAAGCCCCAAGUCUGCCCUAGAGCUGCCCCCCACAGCAUUCAGUCUCGAAGCUAACUCCGACCAGGAGUGGAAAGUGGUGAAGAUCCAACGGGUCCUCAUUGACCCCACCAGUGAGCCGAGGAAAGCAGGUCUCUCCCGCAGUGCCAGCCUCUCAGAGAAGGAGCUGAAGGAGGCGAAGGCACGCAGCCAGAGGAUCGCAGAGCAGCUCACCACGGCACCCGCCCCCAGCUCCAAGGGCGUGCUGCUGUUCAACCGUCGCAAGCAGCGCGUCGAUGGGCUCACCGGGGCUGGGCACGGCGGGGCGCUGCCGCUGAGCCCCGUACCUCGGCCCCCGCCAGCAGCCAUGGAGGAGGGUGAGAGGCAGGGGGUGAAGCCAGAGCCUGGCCAGCCCAGCACCCCAGGAGAGGGGCUACGGGUGGACACCUCCCCUUGCCGGGAGCUGCCUGCAGAAGCCCAACAAGUCCCACUCAGCGUCUACCUGAAGGAGAACAUGGCUUUGGCUGCCACCAACGGUGUGCAGGAGCGGGCAGCCAGCAGGGUGGAGAGGCUUGAGGAUGCAGCAGCCCCUGCGGCGUCGAGCAUGACGACUCCUGUCCUGCUACAAAGCCCCGAGGAGGGGAAGAACAGUGAAGUGCCCGGAGAUGUGCCCAGCGAGGUGCCCAGUGCACCAGCAGGGACGGCCACAGGGAUAGCAUCACCAGCCAGCCAGCAGCAGAAUGGGGCACAGAACCGGCAGUAUUAUGAGGUCCACCUCACCCUGGCCAAGCCCAAGCCCGUGAAGAACCGCACAGCCAGACCCUUUGGCACCCAGACAUCCCCCGCCAGCAGCCAACCUGAGCAGGGACCCCCUGCCACUGAGCUGCCCCCACCACCCACCUAUGCGGAGACCCUGAGUAGCCCUCCACCACUCACCCGUGUCCGCUCACCCCCUGCCUACUCAGCCUUGUACCCUCCCUGGGAACAGAAGGUGCUGCCAGGUGCCCCCCUGGGCUAUGGAGUGAGUGGGCCAAACCCCCUGCCCAAAACAGGGAUCCUGGAAGAAUCAGCUGCUCGUAGAGCCAGCAAAAAGCCUAUGUUCACCUUCGUGGAGAAGCCGAAGCUGGGCCCCAACCCUGAUCUGCUGGACCUGGUACAGAGUGCAGAUAGCAGGAAGAAGCAGAAGGAGCAGGGGGAGCCCAGUGUUGAGGAUGAGUCCUUUGCCCUUGGGGCUGAAGCUGCCAACUUUGUCCCCAACAGCAUGGCUAGGAGUGGGCAGCAUCUUCCAGUGGCUGAUGAUGCUCCAGCUUGGUCGUCUUGCCUCAAGUCUCCUACCAUCAAGCCCAAGCCAAAGCCACAGCCCAGCCACAACCUCACUGAAGCCAGAGGGAAGGGGGCUGAGCUCUUUGCCCGCCGGCAGUCCAGGAUGGAGAAGUUCGUCAUUGAAGCUCCCUCCCAGCCUGAGCUGCUGCGGUCCCCAUCACCCACAAUGUCCCUACCUCCCUCCUGGAAGUAUGAUGUCAAUGCUUGCCUGUCACCCAUGGUCUCCAGACAUCCCUCUAAGAGUCCCUCCAGACCUGCUAAAACCCCCCCAGCGUCUCUGUAUGGUGGCAACCUGAUGGAGAAUGAAGUCUCGCAGAAGGAGCUGGAGAUCUCCAAACACCAGCCCUACCAGCUCCAGUCUUCACUCUUCAUCCUCUCCCCAUCCAAGGGGCCAGCUAGGUCCAUGCCCCAGGAGGUGCCUCCACCCAGACCCUCUCUUCCUGAUGCCUACCCCUACUCCCAGCAAACUUCCUGUCCGACCUCUCCCUUACCUCCUUCCCCAGUCUGGCAUCCCCCCGCCAUGCCCAGUGCUGGUCAGACCACCUCCAACCCCUUUCCCGGAGCGGCUGGGGCUCUGCCCCUGGAUCACAGCAGCCAUGCCAACCCAGGAGCCCCGGCCGAAGUGCUGCUGGCCUCCCCGUGCCGCCUGCUGCCACCCCGAGCCAAGGCAGGCUUCCAGGCGCCCCGGCCCUCCUACUCCACCAGGAACGCCGGCAUCGAGCCACAGGAAAGGCGGCCGUCCCUUCCCGCCUCGCCCACCUGGACCCCCCGGCUGGCACAACGCCCGGGCAGCCUGGAUGGCUGGGCCAGCCCAGCCUCCGUGCCCGAGCUGGACGAGGGAUCUCCCAUGUCACCUCCGUGGAGCGAGAGGUCCCUGUCCCCGCUGAGGCAGGAAGCGGACCCCCGGGCCAGCCGGCAGCUGCAGGCGCGGCUCGCCAGGAACAUCAUCAACGCUGCCCGCAGGAAAAGCUCCGAGCCCGGCGCCACGGGGCCGGAGGGCUCCCGGCCCUUCAUCUCCAUCCUCUCCGGUUCCCUCAGCCUGCCCCAGUCCCCCCGGCCAGCACGGCUGGAGGGCUCCAGAGCCUUGGCACUGCAGGCUGCCAGCAACGUGCCCGGGAGCCUAGGCACCCCCUCGCCCAUACACAAAAGCCCCUUGCGAUCGCCCCGGGCAGAUGUCCCCCAGUUUUGUACCUCCCCUGGGAUGCCUCGAGCUGCCUGGGCAGAGGGUCGCAGACUCCUGGUGCAAUCCAGCGUGUCCUCCUGCUCUGUCCCCAGGCUGUCCCCCAGCCCCAAGAGCCCCCUGCCAUCCCCCGUGGUGGGUGGGCGGUCCCCGGCCAAGCGCUGCACCUCCCGGUCCCCGUCGGACUCGGACGUCUCCCUCGACUCCGAAGACUCGGGGACCAAGAGCCCCGGCAUCCACAGCUUCAACCUCUGCCCCCGGGGCUGGACCGGCAGCCUGCGCCUGAAGCCGGGGGGGCUGCCCUCGGGGGCCCCCUGCACCUCCUAG